ACCAAGCUGAAAACGGCACCGCUGAUCAAGGUGGCGGUGUGAAGCGCAGAACUUCGAAUUCGCCAUGUCAGUCUUGUUGUAGGGAUUUCUAUUUCGGUGUGGGAAACCCCAUUCUAUGGAAUAAUGCAAGCAGGACAAAAGCUAGGGAUUGUGUACAUUGGCAAGGCUGGUGGCAAGCAUAAAUAUUCUCUUCUUGAUGAAAAAGAUGUUCAUCUAGUUAAAAAGUUUAGAUUUGAGGCAAAAGUUGAUGUCAAUAAAGAUGGUAAUGGUGCUAACAUCUUUGCAUAUGCAUUUGACUUGUCAAGAGAAGGAACAAGUGGAUGCUAUUUUCAUGAAUAUAUUUGGGAAAGACAUUGUGGUGGCAUAGCACCUGGCUUUAGUGUUUGUCACAAAAAUGGUGUAACAGUCGACAACAGAUUAAAUAACUUGUGUGUAGUACCGUCUCCUCAAAGUAAAGACUCCAAAGUGAAGUCGAACAGUGCUGAUAAUGCUGGUCAUAGUAAUAACUGUGGGAGUGAACCUCGGGAAGACCAAAGAUUAUACUGGAUGGCUGUGUGUAGAUUGCCCCCAUUUGAGGCAGAACAUGAGCAUUUUAUGAAUUUAAACUACAAGUGUUAUAAUGCAAAUGGGGAACAAGUAAUAGAAGAAGAUGACACCUUGUCCUUUUACGAGUGCCAUUACCCCCCCUGUUGUAAAAUGGAAACUGAGCUACGAGAGUUCAGCAUUUGUGGACAAUGCCAGCAGGUCAGAUACUGUGGACCUCUUUGUCAAGAGAGAGAUUGGCCUUCUCACAAGAAGCACUGCAAGGAAAAGGCCAGACAGAGAAUCAAUUGUGACAUGUUCCCUGAGCGUUAGGCUGAAGUGUGAUGGUUGUUUUUGUUCAUUAUGUUAACAUGUACACAAUACAUGUCACACUACACAUUACUUUCAAUUUGUCUGAUAGGAGAGUAACCUUAGUUUAUUUUAUUGCUUGAUUUUAUAACAAGAAUGAUUAAAGUGAACUUCAGAUACUGCA